UCUUUUUGUUGUUGUGACUGAAGAGUGGUCGGUCCAAGAUGCCGAGAACUUUCCUCUUGCGCUCACCUUUGGUGUCUAUAAGAAGUAUAACCAACCAAUCGCAAGUUCACAACACCCAACUUUCACUCUUCCAAUUUCUAAACUCUAAAAAGUUGAUUUCUCAGAUCUGAAGACUUUUCGUUGCUUGAUCGAUCGGAGGAGUUAUGGCGGCGCAGGGAAACUCCACGGACACACUUUUCUCUCCUUACAAGAUGGGAAGAUUCGAUCUCUCUCACAGAGUGGUUCUGGCGCCGAUGACACGUUGCAGGGCGUUGAACGGCGUUCCAAACGCGGGGCUGGCGGAGUAUUACGCUCAACGCACCACUCCCGGUGGUUUUCUCAUCUCCGAAGGCACCAUGAUCUCUCCCGGAUCCGCUGGGUUUCCACAUGUACCUGGAAUCUAUUCGGAGGAGCAAGUAGAAGCAUGGAAGCCCGUUGUGGAAGCAGUUCACUCCAAAGGAGGUUUCAUCUUCUGUCAGUUAUGGCACGUUGGACGAGCUUCUCAUCCGUUGUACCAACCUAACGGUGGAUCACCAAUAUCUUCAACUGACAAACCCAUCUCAGAAAGAUGGCGAGUUCUGUUGCCUGAUGGAUCACACGCGAAAUACCCUAAACCUCGGCCUCUGCACGCUUCGGAGAUACCUCGAGUGGUGGAAGAUUAUUGCAACUCGGCUUUGAACGCAAUCCGAGCUGGUUUUGAUGGGAUUGAGAUCCAUGGAGCGCACGGUUACCUCAUUGAUCAGUUUAUGAAAAAUGGGAUCAAUGACCGUACCGACCAAUACGGAGGCUCCAUUGAAAACCGUUGCAGAUUCUUACUCCAGGUAGUGAAAGGUGUGGUUUCAGCGAUAGGAGCUAGUAAAGUUGGUGUGAGGAUAUCUCCAGCAAUAGACCAUCUCGAUGCAACUGAUUCUGACCCACUAUCCCUCGGGCUAGCCGUGGUUGAUCUGCUCAACAAGUUACAGAACGAUACAGGCUCCAAGCUAGCUUACCUUCAUGUAACACAGCCUCGGUACCACGCCUAUGGGCAAACAGAAUCUGGAAGGCAAGGUAGUGAUGAGGAAGAAGCUAAGUUAAUGAAGAGCUUGCGUACGGCCUACAAUGGAACAUUUAUGUCUAGUGGAGGUUUCAACAAGGAGCUUGGCAUGCAAGCCAUUCAGCAAGGGGAUGCUGAUUUGGUUUCCUUUGGCAGGCUGUUUAUUGCAAACCCGGAUCUGGUUUCUCGGUUUAAGGUUGAUGCGAAGUUGAAUAAAUAUGAUCGGAAGACGUUUUACACUCAAGAUCCAGUUGUUGGCUACACAGAUUAUUCCUUCUUGGCUCCAGUUUCUCGCCUCUGAGUUUGGAGAAACGAGGAGAAGAUUCAUAGAUAUAUCUACAUCAAUUCAUUGAUGUUAUGUUGUUUAUUGAUGUUGUAGAAAACCAAAAAACAUCUCCGUAAAAUGACAAUGGUAAUCACAUAUAUCACAUAUAUAUGAUUAUAUUAUUACCUUUUCUA